AUGUCUCGAAACAUUCUUUUGUCGGCUUCGUUGCUGUUUGCCAGUGCUUUUGCCCAGCAGCCUGGUACCAACACACCAGAAGUUCACCCAACAUUGAUGUCCCAGAAAUGCACCAAAGCUGGUGGAUGCAAGGCUGUCAACACCUCUGUUGUCCUUGAUGCAGGCUACAGAUGGCUUCAUAAUGUUGGUGGUUACACAAACUGUGUAAAUGGAGGAUUUAAUGCGACGUUCUGCCCAGACGUUGCCACCUGUGCUAAGGGAUGUGCCGUCGAGGGUGUGAAUUACACUAGCUACGGAAUCAACACUGCUGGCAAUUCUCUGACUCUCAACCUGUUCAAGCAAGACAACGGCGUGACUACCCAGUCCUCGCCUCGAGUCUAUCUCCUCGCCAAUGACACAACUUACGACAUGCUCAUGCUUCUCAACCAGGAGCUUACCUUCGACGUUGAUGUAUCUAAAGUUCCUUGCGGAAUCAAUGGAGCCUUGUAUCUUUCGGAGAUGGAUGCUACUGGAAUGGCCAGUAAUCUUAACCCAGCAGGUGCAAAGUACGGAACUGGCUACUGCGAUGCACAAUGUCCAAAGAACACUUUCGUUAAUGGUUUGCCAAACAUCAACGGGACUCUCGGUGCUUGCUGCAAUGAGAUGGAUAUCUGGGAAGCCAAUUCGGCUACCACAGCGUUCACCCCUCAUACUUGCAACAUCACCGGAACCUAUGCCUGUACCGGAGCCGACUGCUCCGGCAGCGGUGUCUGCGAUCAAGGCGGCUGCGACUUCAACGCCUAUCGCAUGGGCGCUCCAGGUUUCUACGGACCAAAUAAGAUUGUUGAUACCACCCGCAAGUUCACAGUCGUCACUCAAUUCAUCACCUCGGACGGAACUGCCAACGGUACUCUCAAGACCAUCAGUCGAAGCUACGUUCAGGACGGAAAGGUGAUCGCCAACGCCAAUGUCAACGUCACUGGAAUGGCAGCCACCAAUAGCAUUGAUGACACGUACUGCAACGCCCAGGUCAAGACCUUCGGUGGUGUCAGCACCUACGAGCGACAGGGAGGUAUGACUGGCAUGGGACAUUCUCUUGCUCGAGGCAUGGUGUUGAUCUUUAGUAUCUGGAUGGAUUCUGGAAGUGGAAUGCAGUGGCUUGAUGGCUCGACUGGGUCUGGCAGUUCGCCUGGUUCGUUGAGGGGUCCUUGCUCUGCUACCUCAGGUAACACGACGAUGCUCACGGCGGACUAUCCCGAUGCUGCUGUCACGUUCUCGAAUAUCAAGGUUGGAGAUCUUGGUACUACUUUCAUGGCAAUGUAG